AUGGUACAUAAAAAACAACCACCGAAACAAGAACAAAGUACCUACUCUCCUUAUUACUAUCCGAAUUUCUCUAGGUACAACUACCCUUCAAAGAUUGGAGAUGAGGAAGUAUAUACGGAACCAAAAUUUUCAUUUCCUCAUUGGGAUGACGAAGUUUCAGGAUAUACUCCACUUCGUAGACGAGCCUCUUUUCCCUCGGGUUAUGGAAACACCGAGGAAUAUAUUAAUAAUAAAGAUUUAAAUGAAUUAAUUAAUACAACAUCAUCAACUAAAAAUCAAGAAUUAACAGAAAUUGAACAAGAAGAUGAAGGAGAGGUAACAUGUGAUCAAAUUCAAACUGAUAUCGAGCUUGCACGUCGAGAUCAAAAGACUGAUUAUGAGCAAUUUCGUAAAGCUCAUGCAACUUUACAUGAUGAUAUUCGUGCUUUACAACAAGAAAUAGAAAAAUUUGAAGCAGUAUGCAUGUCAUCCGGAUGGAAUUCAACAAAAGAUCGAGAUGUUCGACAAUCUGAACCAACAUCUACAGUAACUGGAUCUCUAAUGGCAGCAGCAGUGUUUAAUGGUCCUGGUCGUACAUUAGCAUCACAAUCAGCUACUGCAGCCGCACGUGGUCAACGUCAACGUAAAACAAGGCAUAAUCGUGCGGAGAGUUUUAGUGUUAGUAGUGUUAGUGGGAGUAAACCAACUAGAUGUAUAGGUGCUGAAGAUGUCAAUGAAGUCAAUGAAUUAAAUGACGCACAAAUCUUAACUAAACGAAAUCUCUCUGUAAAUG